GGAUGUCAUUCUGUGUUGGAUUUCGGCAUAUACGCAAGCAUCAUCAUUAAUGCUAUAAGCAUUUAAGACUUUUUAUCCCUCUCACUUUCCCAUCAAUUUUCCGACUAUCCAAACAGAAAACAACACAACCGAAACUUCUCCAAAACCCAGAUGAAUCACCCUCAGCAGCCUCCUCAGCCCCAAGACCCGUCCGAUCCCCAACUCCCCCACAUCAGAAUCCACCACCCAAACUCUCCCCGCCACCACUCCUCCUCCGCCGGCUCCGCCGCCACUCCCACCCCUACCGCCGGUGCCCGCCGCAAGCUGGGCGUUGCCGUCGACCUCUCCGAAGAGAGCGCCCACGCCGUCCGCUGGGCCGUCGAUCACUACAUCCGCCCCGGCGACGCCGUCAUCCUCCUCCACGUCAGUCCCACCUCCGUCCUUUUCGGCGCCGACUGGGGCUCAGUCGACCUCUCCAUCAACACCAACGACGACAUCGAUUUCGUCGACAAUCACGCCCUUCACGAUUCUGUCAAGCAGAAGAAACUCGAGAACGACUUCGACGCCUUCACCGCCUCCAAGGUCGCCGAUCUCGCCAAGCCCUUGAAGGAGGCGCAGAUUCCGUACAAGAUCCACAUCGUCAAGGACCAUGACAUGAAGGAGCGGCUCUGCUUGGAGGUUGAGAGGCUUGGGCUCAGUGCCGUGAUCAUGGGGAGCCGAGGGGUCGGCGCCACCAAGCGUGGGACUGAUGGUAGGCUUGGGAGCGUCAGCGACUAUUGUGUUCAUCACUGCGUUUGUCCCGUUGUUGUUGUCCGGUUUCCGGAGGAUGACAAUAGCGGCGGUGCUGGUGGUCCUCCUGUUGCCGCCGCGGUUGUUGCGGUUAAAGAGAAUGAGGAGGAAGAGGCCGUGAUCAAGCCGGUGCCGGUGGUAAAGGAGGUGCAUAAGAAAGAAGCAUAGCCCGUAUUCUGAGUCGUAGUUGAAUCCUCUCAAGUACAGUUUGUGUAGAUGUCUGAGUCGACUGGGAGUGGCUGACACAUUGAGUCCAGCCUGCCGGAGUCAAGUCUGCUUUCUCUCCUCUGCAAUAGCUCUUUCUCAUGUAUGAACUUUGGGAGGAUUGUAGAUGCUAUUUGUAUGGUGAAUGAGGUUUAGGGUUUCUCGACGUCUUUCCUACUUUGUUCAGCUGCUUUGUGACGCGAUACUCCUUUUAGUUUCGAGGGAUGUGCUUCUUGUUGCUCGUAUGAUACAAAUUUAAUUAUUAGAUUUGUCUAAUAAUUAUCCUAGACGCCGUUUAUAAAUUUGGAUGUUUAUAUUUUGAUUGCUUGCUAUGGUAAGGUACUUUCUACCACAA